AUGUCGGCUCUUAUCCCCACCAAGCGUGUUGACCUCCUCGCGCCUUAUAUGGCGCUCGACCAGGGCUCUUCUGUCCAGGCCGAGUACAUCUGGAUCGACGGUGACAAUGGUCUUCGUUCCAAGACUAUGACCCUCGACAAGUCGCCCGCCUCCAUUGCCGAGCUCCGCGAGUGGAACUUUGACGGCUCGUCUACCAACCAGGCCCCCGGUGACAACUCGGAUGUCUUCCUCCGCCCCGUCGCCAUCUUCAAGGACCCCUUCCGUGGCGGUGCCAACAUUCUCGUCCUCUGCGAGUGCUAUGACAACGACGGCACCCCCAACAAGUCCAACUUCCGUGCUCACUGCAAGAAGGUCAUGGACGCCGCAAAGGCCGAGGAGCCCUGGUUCGGUCUCGAGCAGGAGUACACCCUCUUUGACGCCGAUGGGCAGGUCUUUGGCUGGCCCAAGAACGGUUUCCCCGGUCCCCAGGGCCCCUACUACUGCGGUGUCGGCGCUGGCAAGGUCUUUGCCCGUGACUUUAUCGAGGCUCACUACCGUGCCUGCCUCUACGCCGGUGUCAAGAUUUCGGGUAUCAACGCCGAGGUCAUGCCUUCCCAGUGGGAGUUCCAGGUCGGCCCUUGUGAGGGUAUCGAGCUCGGAGAUCACCUCUGGAUGGCCCGUUUCCUCCUUCUCCGUAUCGGUGAGGAGUGGGGCAUCAAGCCCUCGUUCCACCCCAAGCCCCUCAAGGGCGACUGGAACGGUGCUGGUUGCCACUCGAACUACUCGACCAAGGCCAUGCGCACGCCCGGCAAGGGUAUGGCCGCGAUCGAGGCUGCUAUCCAGAAGCUCGAGGCCCGCCACCUCGACCACAUGGCCGUCUACGGCGAGGACAACGACCAGCGUCUGACCGGCCUUCACGAGACCGCCGCCAUGCACACCUUCUCGGCCGGCGUUGCCAACCGUGGUGCCUCUAUCCGUAUCCCCCGUCACGUCGGUGCCGCCGGCCACGGAUAUCUUGAGGACCGCCGCCCGGCCUCGAACAUUGAUCCUUACCGCGUCACCAGCAUUAUGGUUGAGACUACUAUUCUCAACGCGUAA